AUGCUGUUUUCUGUUCCAUCUAGGAUGGUGCUGUCUCUAGAUAAAUGGUUUUGGUGGCACGAAUACUGGUUCCCACCAGGAUUCACCUGGGAGGACAUAAAGGAAUCUGGGAGUAUCUCAUACCCCAAACCUCGAGAUCUCCUGCACAUCGUGCCCUAUGCCCUGCUCUUAGUUGGUGUCCGAUACCUCUUUCAAAGAUUCAUAGCCCGGCCCCUGGGCAGAAAGCUAGGGGUGAGGGACAAGGUGAGAUUGAACGCUCCACCCAAUACUGUGCUGGAAACCUUCUACGCUACUCAUAGCAAGAAGCCAAAGGAGGGGCAGCUGAUCAGUUUAUCCAAGCAGUGUGACUUGCCUACCAGAAAGGUGGAGAGGUGGUUCCGAUACCGGCGGAACCAGGACAAACCCAGUCUGACUACAAAAUUCUAUUCAGUGAGUUGGAGUUCUUUGUGUUAUCUCAUUUCCUUCUGCACUGGACUUGUGGUCUUGUAUGAUAAGCCCUGGUUUUGGGACUCAAGAGAAUGCUGGGUGGGGUAUCCACAGCAGCCACUACAGCGCUCUAUGUACUGGUACUACAUGAUGGAACUCACCUUUGCCUUGGCACUGACUUUCACCAUGGCCUUUGAUGUGAAAAGAAAGGACUUUAAGGAACAAAUGGUGCACCACGCAACUACCAUCAUCCUGAUCAGUUAUUCAUACUGUGCCAAUUACCUCCGGAUUGGGUCUUUGGUGAUGUUGCUCCAUGUUUCUUCCACUGCUCUCCUAGAGCUAACCAAGUUGCUUCAUUACUUGAACUGGAGACGCGCAAGCCACCUUCUCUUCUUAACUUUCUCGUCCGUUUUCCUUGUUACUCGGCUCAUCGUUUUCCCAUGCAGGGUGCUGUAUUCUUCACUCUAUAUUUCCAUGGAGUUCUUCCAGCCCUUCUUCGGAUACUAUUUCAUGAAUACUCUCCUGAUGGUUUUGCAGCUGCUGCACAUCUUCUGGGCCAGCCUAGUCAUUCACAUGCUCUACAAAUUCAUCAAUGGCACGAUAAAAAACGAUGCAAGAAGUGACACAGAAGAAAGUGAUGAGAGUGAAGAGGUGCAAGAACAGAACAACAAAGAGAAAAAUGGGACCAUGCAUUUCAGCAACGUCACAAACAAUUGCAGCCAAAGUAACAGCUACCACUCUGAAACCAGCCAAAGUAAUGUGGCCCAACAACUAACUGGCAGAGCCCAUCUCACUAAUGGGUGCUAAAGCUCCAGAACGGCUGACUGCCCCUGUCUAUAACAAAGCAGCCCAGUGUCCUUAGGAACUGUCAUGCUCACUGUAUAGACCUGUGGGGAUUAGGGUGACCAGAUGUCCUGAUUUUAUAGGGACAGUCCCGAUUUUGGGGUUUUUUUCUUAUAUGGGCUCCUAUUACCCCCCACCCCCUUCACACUUGCUGUCUGGUCACCCUAGUGGAGAUACAGCCAUUUGGCUAGUUAGUUUUAAGACUAGCAACUAAAAGUUGCAAAUCUUUUAACCCAUAAGACAAUGAUGCUGUCUUAUUGCAGAUAAGUAUUUUCCACAAAACUGAUACUGAGCAUAACUAAUGCCAGAGCUAUGCUGAGGAAAGGUACAUAUCUCAGGCAAAUACUUCCCUUCGGAAGCAGGUCCCUUACUUAACCAAUACAGCCUUCUUCCUCACCUGUGGGAGUGUGGGUUUUGGGUAGUUAGUGAAGUGUUCUUAAGCAAUUCCCAAUUAUUGUUCAUGCUUUUCUGUUUAAAUUCUUCCUCCCAGCUGAUUUGGCUCACAAUUGUUUUCAGCUUUUUGAAACUGGCCCUUUUAAAAAUAUCCCAUCUCCUAGAGCUGGAAGAGACCUUGAAAGGUCAUCAAGUCCAGCCCCCUGCCUUCACUAGCAGGACCAAGUAUUUAUUUUGCCCCAGAUCUCUAAGUGGCCCCCUCAAGGAUUGAACUCACAACCAUGGGUUUAGGAGGCCAAUGCUCAAACCACUGAGCUACUCCUCCCCCCGGUCUGGACUUCAUUAUCAAUGUGAUCAAGUCGUGAUCACUUGUACCUAAGUUACCAGUAAGUUUUAGUUCUGUGAGUAAUUCCUGUUUAUCUGUCAUGAUGAGGUCUAAUAUAGAAUUGCCCUGGGUUGGAUGCAACACUUGUUGAGUUAGGAAAUUGUCAUCUAUAACAAAAUUAGAAAUUCCAAGAAUGUUUUAGUCCUGGUAGCAUGACCUCCAUCAUAUAUCACUCAAAUUAAAGUUAUUACAUUAUAGCUAGGUAUAUAAGGAGGGGUCAUCCUAUUCCCUAGUGUGAUUUGAUGGUCUGUAGCAGACACCAGCUAAUACCCCAUCUUGAGGUUUAUCUGUUAGGACAUUGGUUCAUAAGCAGGCUAGAUCAUUUUCUUCUGAGCUGUCAGUGACUCAGAAACAGGUUUUUGCCAGAAUACCUCUCCCGCUCUUCCCUUGCCCACUUUAUCCUUCCUAACUAGGUUACAACCAUGAUUUUAACAUUGCCAGUCAUGUGAAUCAUCCCAACCAGGUGACACCAACCAGAUCAAAUUUAUGCUCAUAAAAGUGAUUCCAGUUCCUCUUGUUUGUUACCCAGGCUCCUACCAUGGGUACAUAGGGACUUAAAUAAUUUCUUCUCUUUGUGUUCUGUGGUUCCUUGAUUAAUUUUGUUCUAAACAUGUCAGUUUAGUGCUAAUAUCUGCUCUCUGUUCACCCUCCCUUUUUGUUGGUAGUUUAACACCUUCCUGACCACUCUAGCUGGCCUGUCCCCAAGAAGAUUGGUUCAGGUAGUGGCUCCACACCCUCUUCCCACAGAAGGUGGACCAAUGUUCCACAAAACCAAAACCCUCCACACUAUACGACUUACCUAGCCAGCACCUCACUUCUGGGAUUUUCUUCCUUCUUUUGCUCAUGGGACAGGAAGCGUUUCAGAGAAGAUCACUUGAACAUUCUUCUGAUUAAAAUUACAUUUUCCAGCAAAUAAAUUACUUGUU